CUUUUGUAGGAUUUUUUACUGACAAAAACGACUUUUUGAAUUUUUUUAGUUUGAAUUUCAUAGCCAUUCAUAUUUGUAUCACAAGUAGUGCGAAGCUCAGCUUCGCCUCGGUUGUGUGAAACGUUCCUUUGCCACCGAGAUGUUUUUCUAUUCAAGAAAAUUUUCACAAAUAAGCUGGUGUUAUCGUAAUUUUGGAAUUUUCCAUCAAUGUUAUUUAUGAAAAGUUCGAAAAAACGAAAAGCUACUGUUUUCUAGCAACGACCUCUGUAUUCUAACAAGAACCUCUGUUCUAGUAAUGAUGUCUGUUUGAGGCAGGACUUCCAACGACCUAAUCGAUUAGAAGUAGAAACUUUGCACUGUCGACACUAGCAACCCUUUUUCGGGUUUUCAACAUUACAUAGGAUUAUAACUCUGAUGAUGGUUAAUGGUACCUGAUUUACCGUGGAAAAAGCUAAAAAAAAAACAACUAAAACACACCUGAUGACUAAGUGUCUCAAUGGUCAGAACAACAAGUGAUUACUACUUUUCUCUCCUUAAAAACUUCAUUCGGAUAAAAUACAGCUUUUAAGGAAGGAAUCAUGAUCAUUGAAAAGGCAAAAAAAUGGUUUGAGUUGUAAUUUCAGGAUGAACUAUGGGAGUGAUAACAGAAGCUUGUGUAUCUGAAUUACCGUAAUCGAAAUUUGAUUUUCAGACAGUUUGUGGGUAAUGAAAAAUAGGACCAUACAUUUUACCAAUCAAAACUUAAAUGGGCGUAGUUUUAGAAAAAAAUGUGUUAAGACUUUUCAGUAAAAAUGAAACCGGUCGUAAGAAAAAAACUUGCUCCGAUGGAUUUGCCGGAUAGUCUGACGAGUAACGCGGAUGAAUUCAGAGAUUCUGAUAAUUUUUUGGAUCCAAAUCUUGUCAAUGUCAUCCCACUGUCGGUAGUUGGUGCUUCUGGUGUUAAUCGUAGAAAUGAAUAUGACAACAAGUCAUCAAGGGCCUCCAAUGAUUCACCAUCAUUGACUCAGAGUCUGUCCACUACUGAAAGGGACAAGGCUUCGAGGUUCACCAAUCAUGCAGGAGUUCCAAGAAUUGUAAACAAGUCAAUGAAAUGGCAGAAAAACGAUAUCAAAAUUGAGCACAUUGCCCCCAAAAAGUCUGAUCCCAAGCAGUCGAGUGACCGUAAAAAAGAUAAAGCAGAGUUCUCAAUUGAUAAGUCGUCUGAAAGUUUGACAGUGAACGUGAUUAAUGAGCCGGCAGCAUUGUCUUGCUCGUCAAGUCAUACCAGAAGGGUACAGAACAGAUUAAUGCAGCAGUUAGGAAAGAGUCAGGCACCGGGCCAAGAGGAACCAAGAAGGCAGUAUAACGUACAUAACGAGUCCUUCUUUGGACUUGAUGGUCCAGAUGUUGCAGCGGAAGCUGUAAAACAAAGCACAGAUCCAAGGUUUGGUUAUCUCUACAACGGUUUCAAGCCGCCGAAAGGCGUGAAGUUUUCUGGAAGAAAAAAGCAGUUUGGACCGAGAGGAGUAAAGGCCCAAAAAGUUAUGGAAGAGGCGAACGCUUAUGAUAGACCCUCGUUCAGCGGUGCUUCUCAAGGACCGUUAGAUGGCAAGAGUUUGGAGUCUGUCAUCAAAAUUAGACUUGAAAGGUUUCAGAAGCAGAAUCGACCAAGGGCUGAGGAAAUAGAAUAUGAAACGGUUUCGGAAGCAGAAGACGACGAGCAAAUGUCACCGAUGAUGAAAGCCAUGAGCGAUCGUUAUGAAGGUGUUGUGAAAGAGCCGCAUGCGACUUCUGAAAAGAGAAUUAAGAAACUGACUGAGGGAAUGAAAGAGAUUCUGCAAGAAUACGGCAUAGGAAACGAGGACCGUCAGAAGUACUUCGAGGAGUAUGUUGGAAAACUUAUUAAGGAAAAACACUGGAAAGCAAUAAACCCCAAAAGUGCAAUAUGUCAUGCCAUGAUUGCUUCGUCAGAACCCAUAAUGUCCAAAGACUCGCCAAAAAAGCACAUGGAGUAUUUUUGUGAGAGUUUAAACUGUGAGCUGAGUUACCCAAGUGAUAAGUUUCCGUGCUUCGCGUGUUCGAAGAAGUUCACAACAGUCGUCGAUAGAUACGUACACGAAAAGGAAGAUCACGGUUGCGUGAAAAUGACUCAGUUUCAGUGUAACGUGCAGAACUGUCAUCAGAUGUUCAACAAGAACCCAAAUGCUUUAAGAGCCCAUUUCUACAGCAACCAUAUGUGCACGUCUGAUCACGAAGAGUGCACGUUUGGGUGCAAAACCUUAAUCCCAAAAACGCACUCUCGCUCCAUGGCUGAGCACGUAUACUCGGAGCAUGUUUGCCAGGUAUGCAAUGAUGUGUUGAGUUGUUCGCUGAGUGAACAUAUGACAGUUUAUCAUGAUGCCCAGUAUGGAAAGCGUGCUGUAAAUGUGAAAGCAGUGCCGACUAUUCCACUCCAUGCAACCGUUGGACCGCGCAGAGAUGGUAAUAAAUUUGAAUCCAAUGCUUCAGGCCCAGUGAGUCGCAGUAAGAACAGUCGAUCUAAUUUGUAUAACAACGACCUUCCAGUUUCCAGCACACGUAGAGAACCAAUGCCUGAACGAGAGCUAGCGUAUGGUUCAGCUCGCAGUAAUCAUAACGAUGACAGGACUUUGUCAGAGAGAAAUCUUGCGUUCGAUAUGGAUAGUUUUCUGGCUAGGUCGCGAGAUUCUGUAGGAAUAAACAACAACAUUGAAGAUAAUAUCAGAGACCUGUCAAAGGAAAAUAACGAUUUGCAAUCAGAUUUAAGAGUUCGACCAGAGAAAUCAAAGCCAGUUCCUAUUUCUAUCAAUCUGAACACCAGCAAAUCGCUGAUUGAAGACUUAGAUGGCGAGCCGAUAAGCGAUCUUGAGGAUAACACGGUUUUUGAAAGCAGCGAAGACCCAUUUUUCAACCCAUACGAUGAAAGAACAGGAAACGAAAAAUCCGAUCAACGUCAGUUAUAUCCAGAUCACCACUAUGAACAUCGUGAGCAUGAUUUGGAAAAAUUAGAAGGAGCUAUUGAAAAUUUGCACAGAAGUAAGAGGAAAGAACAAAGAGAUGAAGAAAAGCGAAAAGACGAAAGGUCCUCUAAGAAAAAAAAUGAACAUGGUUCCAGAGGAACAUGUGGCUCCGGGUCGCUCAAAACGAGGCGACGAUCCAGGAGUCGUAGUAGUAGUUCACGAAGUGGAAACGACUAUGAUUCGUCCUCGAAACGCUCGCGUAGAAUAUCGCCGAGAAAUCGAUCUAAGUCAAGACGACGUUCGGGUUCCAGAGAUAGAAAACCAUCAAAGUCCCAAAGACGUUCACGGUCAAGAUCGAGAGGUCGAGCUCGAAAACAAAAAUCAAAAAGUCGUAAAAGAUCAUUGAGUAGGUCUUCUCACGGUAAAGAUCAUAGCAAAAGUAGACCAAGAAGUAGAUCGCCGCUUUCCAAGAAUCAUGAAAAGAGGAGCCCAAAGCGCUCCAAGACGAAGAAUGGAUCUCCAGUUUUCGAGAAAUCGAUUGGCAAAACUCAAAAAACACUACAAGUGGAUGGAAGUUAUACAACGCGAACGCUAAAUUUGACCAAAGAUUCUUUCAAUUUAGUGCGUCAAGUGGAAAAUACAAAACCAGCGACUUCUAUAAGUAACUUAAUUAUUGAAAGAGGUGUUUUGGAUGCUUUGCAAAUGUUGAAGACAGAGAAAAUUAAAGAAUGUGAAGUAAAAGAGUCGCGACCAGCUGAGGUUUACACGUGUGGUCAGCAAGCAGAAGACGAACUGAGUGGACUUUUAGAUGCCAUCAAUUUCUCGCCGAUUUCAGAGGCAGCUUCUAUGUCACCAAUAAGUGACACAGAAUUCGUCCAAUCAAAAUCGAUAAGCGAGUUCAAGCUACCGUCGGCUUCUAUAGCUGAGAAAGCGACAUGGACUAGAUGUAAACUAUGCAAAUACUCUUGUCCUCUGAAAGGAGGGUUUCAGUGUAGAGUUUGUGAAAAUCAAUUCAAGGAAACAAAAUUUAUUUUGCUAUCAGAGUUGUUAUUGCAUGUUGAAGCGAAUCAUAGUAGUGUAGUCAAAGUACCUGAAAAGUUGGAUUGCGAUUUCUGCGGAAGUAGUUUUGAGUUGGUUGAGAAUUUUGACCUGCAUUUGAAAGAGAAGCACCUUUGUUCUGAUAAACAUAAACAGUGCGAUGAAGGAUGUAUUGAUCUUCUAACUGAGAAGACGCUAGAAGCGCAUCUGGACUUGGUUCAUGGGUUCUUUUGUAGCUUGUGCCAAUGUACCAUCAAAAAUUUGAAGGCUCUUCAUGACGCUAAUGUCCAUAAUUCAAAAAGUAUUGAACAAACAAAAGAAAUGGAAAUAAAAAUUGAAGCAAAUGAAGAGCCCGAAAAUCGUAGAAUGAAUGAAAAAAGUAAUAAAAAGUCAACUAUUGCGCAGCAUCUAGAUAUAAAUCCUUGUUUACUGGAGUCGAGUUGUCAAGCAAAUAACGGACUUAGGAGCUUGGUAGCACCAGGAUUGGAUAAGUUUCAGACUAACGUUGGGAAAUUUUCCGUAGAUAAUAGCUCAUUUGAAAAUGUGGAGCUAAGUGGCAGGGUUGUCCCGCAUGUUAUUGAGAAAUGUCAAACUUCCAAGAAUACACAAGCUUGUGCGGGAGUGAACAAAACUCAAUAUUGUGACCUACCAAGAACUUCUGUUUCUCAGGCACCAAAUUUAAUGGCAAAUAUUACAGCAUGCUCGGUAGACGACUUAGUCAAAAACACCAAACUUACAGGGAAUGCGGGUGAAUUCAAUGGAGAUUUAACUGUUAGUCGAGAAUUACACGCCAGUUCUUCUCGUCUAGGAGCUGCUGAAGAUGUUUGCAUGUCUGAUGCAACCACUGCCAGCUUAGAGAUGGAGGGAGGGAUACUUUACUCAGCCGAUUCUAGUUAUGAAGACUAUUUUGAAUCAGUGAUGGACUUAGAGCCCCCACGGACGUCGAUCGAACAGGAAACUCAUCAAGAGCAGGCAAUUUCUAGUCCUACAUUUUUCGAGUCGCCUCAAGUAUCAAUGACGCUGGGACCCGCACAGGGAUCCCAAAAGAGCUCUAAUGAGUCUGGCACAACUUCGAUUCCUGAACCCUCUAAAUAUCAAAGUUCAAAUGAAAUUGCAGGUGUAAAUGUUAAAAUUGAGUUCCAACCAAUCAAGACAGAGUGUGACCAACUUUCAGACGAAGAAUCGGAUGAUAGUUAUGUAAAUUCAACCUCAGAUGAUUGUGAAGAUGAAGCUAGCGAAGAGAGCAAAUUGGCGUUAGAACAGUUUCAAUCGAAGCAUUCGUCCAGCACGCCAAUAAAAGCAGAACAUACAAUUGAUUCAUUUUCGGAUAUUAAUUUGUCGACCACGAGUUCUGUUAGUAGUGACGAAGAGGUUCGAUUAUCUCAAAUUAGAGCACUUGGCCUUGAAAGAAAUGAAGUGAAACAAAAUAGGUCUAAUACGGUUCUAUCUUUUGACCGUGUGAUUGCUGCCGAAAUUCGAGGACUCUUGUCUUCCCAAAAAGUAAACACCGAAAUGAGAGAACCAUCAAUUGAGUGUCCGAUAUCUGUUAGACGAAUCGCCGCUGAAGAAAACGAAUUAGGAAAUAGUAUUAACACACGUACCAACGAUGUGAACAAUCCUUUGAUAGGUUUGGAUAAAAACAAGCCAACUGAAUCUGAUUCGCCGACUAUUUUGGAAAAUAAUAACAAUGCGUUUGCUACGAAGUGUGACAGAAAGCCUGAAGGACUUGUUGACAGGGAGAUUAUUGGAAAGGAAUCCGGAAAAUCCAUAGGCAUCGAUAAAGUUCAGCAAAGAGAUGAGAGCUCGGAACUUCCGAUGAAUACAGAAUCUACAGAAGAAGUUGCCCACUCUGACGUAAACCUUGAAUCAAAUGUUAGAAAGAGUAGCAGCGCCAUAAACACAGGAAAAGAGUUAGAAAAGGGUAAGAAAGUAUCAAAAGCUUGGGUAACCUUGAAGGAAAUAACCGCCGUUGCCAAGAAACGAAAGCUAGCCAAAGUUAACAUGGCUAGUCUGACUUCGCCGAAAACGAACAUCAAGAAAAAGAAGAUAGCCGAUUCAAAAAAUUUACUGAAAUUGAAGCCCAAAGAAGCUUUGAAACAAUCCAUUAGGUCAAAAAUGGGGCUUCCUACUAAGGAAUUGGCAAGUAAGGUAACUGAAAAGGUUUCAACUGGCACAGCGAAGGUUAUCAAACCAGCCGAGAAGGUUUGCACUCAGAAAGCGAAAAGAACAUGUGCGAAGUCCAGAAAAGUAGAAGUCGUAAGCUUGCUCGACAGUGAAGAUGAACACGAGCAAGAAGAUGACGAGCAAGUUGUUCAAUCUAUUAAACUGAAGGAAACUUUUAAUCCCCUGAAACCAAUUUUGACCAUCGAUAAUUCAAAUAUAAAGAUAGCUCUUAAUGAAAAUUUACAACUAACUGUUGAUGAUACAGUCACGGACGCAGAGGCGCAAAUUAACGAAAGUCUAAAAAAUACCUUAGAGGAAAAUAACGUGUCGACAAAAAAGCUUUCACCCGACAAAUGUUUUUUAAAUAGCCUUCCGAAAGAAGAUGAAAACAAAACUAUUAGUCAAAACGCUAGUCCAUCGCCGUCUCCGCAGCCUUUGAAACAAGUUAGCUUAGUUGAAAAAGAAUGUGAUUCAAGUUUGAAUAGAGAACCAGCUGGAUUCGCUACCAGACUAGUUAAAGCUCCAAAUAGACAUGAUGGUCCGUCUAUGAUUAAGAAAAAGACAAUCGAAGUCGUCGAUCUAAUUGAAGAUGAUCCAAUCAGUAUAAAGGAGGAAAACACUAAUGACAAUUCAGUCUCAAAUAGUUUGAACACGACUCCACUUGCGAGGCAAAGAAGUUCGGCAGACGCUAUCGCGACUAACACGAAUCUGUCACCGGGUGGAAAAACCUUACUUGAGAAGUACAAGUAUUUAUACUUGAGUCACCCAGGAAGAGAAGAUUUUUCUAGUCGAUCUAAUUUUGUGAAGUUAUUUCUAGUGACAAAUAGAUCUGUUUUUGGAGAUAAACAGUACAUAGAUGGUGCUAAAGAGUGCGUAGUUAGAAGUAACCGAGACAGUUUGAUCAAAAAAGGUUACGUGCACUGCACCAAGUGCCCAUUGACAUACCAUCCUAUGCCGAUGAUCUGCAAGUCAUGCUCAAUUAGUACUGUGGAUUACAAAGCUAUGGAACACCACAUGAGGACCAUACAUAAAGCAGCACUAGAUACUGUAGUCGGACAAUCCAUUCCAGAAUGCCCCAUCUGUGAUAAGUUAUGUCCCUCUUACGAAGAGUUUUUCGAGCAUAAGGCUUCUCAUUAUUGUUCUGAGCACAUUGAGUGUAGUUUCGGCUGCAGCGAGUUAAUAGUUGGUAAUGUUAACGAGCUGAAAGAGCACUUGAAUUCAAAACAUACGAUGUCCAUUCCAAAUUUAGAUGACUUGUUUUUGGGUAGGCUAUCUAGCGAUGCUUCCAAACGCCUGGAACUUCUGACUAAAUCAGAUCCACGAAAGUUUCUAGUUUGCAUCGACUGUGGAAAAAUGGCCAUAAAUAGAAAUAACCAAAAGUACAAGUGUGAGAGGUGUUUACCUGGUAAAGAGCCGAGGAUUUAUGUCCAGGAUGAGUUUCUGUUACAUUUGCAAAUGUCCCACGCAAAGAAGGCAACCGGAGAUUUUCGAUGCUACGCAUGUCCUACUCAAGAAGAUUCCUAUACUGAUGAUUUGGAAGGCCUGCGAAAUCACAGGUAUAUUUCCCAUGGAAUUUGUCAUAGACACGUGAGGUGUCUUGAGCCAAAAUGCGAGGUGCUUAUGUCAGCCGAUAGCCUGAAAACCCAUCUGCAAAAUGACUGCUUCUACUUCAAGCCCAACCAGAUUAUGAGCGAACAGCCAUACGAGCAUUUAGAACAUCAAAUUGUGAAGUAUUGUUCAAGUUGUAGUCUAGGUUUGGUUGUUUCGGACACGUAUAAGUGUAAGUACUGCGACGCUAUCUUCCCCGAUGAGCGGGAGUUCUACGCACACAUGAUGUAUGAUCACAAUUUGCCAGUCACUAUUCCGCAAAGUGUAAACUACUCUUGCACGGAAUGUCCGCAACACUUGAGCGAAGAAAGUGUAUCUGGAGGUCGCUGGCGCCAACACCGGCUGAAAAAUCACCAAAUUUGUAAGAUGCACAUUAUGUGUCCCAACUUGCAGUGCCAGAUGCUGUUUCCGAAUGUGAACGAAAGAGAAAAACACCUGAGCGGCAGUUCUGAUUGCGUGGAUAUCAAGUGUUUGGAAUCAAUGGAAAAUCUAGGUGCUAAACAGUGUGUAGAUUGUUCUCAAGUUAAAACAGAAACCAAAAUUUACAGCUGUCAGCUCUGCAAAAAUCAUCUUCCUAAGAAAAAUCGUUCGAUUCUUGUGGACAACAUGGAGUUCAUGAUCCAUCUAGGAUCUAAGCACAACAAAAAGUUCUACGCUCCAUUCAAUUGCAGAGUUUGCAACUACUCGUUUAAAGACUCCAAACUGUUCUACAAACAUUGUUGUGAUUUUCACUCAUACUGUAAAAUUCAUCAGUUUUGCGAGUUCGGAGCCCGAACUUGCUCAUACAUGUUUUCGGCAAUGAAGACACGUGACCAAAAACACGACUGUAUCAAGUCGGUUUCCGAGGAUGUUUUGGCGUUUACGAAUGUCGAGGGAAAACUCAAAUGCGAGGACUGUGAUUUCAGUAUUUCUAAGGUUUCGACGUUCGCAUGUAGAUUUGAAGACUGUUCGAAGAGUUUCGUCAAUGCUUACGAAGAAGCAGCGCACAGAAUAAACGAUCACAAGAUUCUAGUGCCGACAACCUUUUUCUGCAAUGAGUGUCCCAACAAUGAAUUCCGAUCGGUAGCUAAUCUUUUGGUUCAGCAUUACAAACUGAAGCAUAAAAGAUGCAAGUUCCAUACUGUAUGCCCCCUAGAAAACUGUGAUAGCCUAUACAACGCUGAAAAGGAUAUAUCUCAUCACUUGAAAGUUUGUAAAGGAAAAAUCCCAACUCGUGAAGCUUCGAACGUCGAAGUGUCUUCAAAAAACAUGAAGAAAUCCAUUGGAUUUGCCAACGAAGAACAAUCGUCGAAUCAGCAUACAACAGCUUCUAGGGAGGUUGUCGCGGUUUCGGAUAGUUCAAAUGUAACUAUUAAAAUAGCUGUAAAUAAUGCCACUAAUUUAGUCACAGGAAGCAACAGAACCUUAGCAGCUCCUGUGUCUCGACUUGUAGCUCUGAAAGAAAAUGACCAGCAACCGGGUCCAAGUAAGAGUUCACUUCAGAAAAGUUCACCAAAGAAAGCAGAAAAUCGGAAGCAAGAGUCAAAUUGGAAUUGGGGCAAAAAUAACAAUAAAAACAAGAAAAAUAACAAUAAAAACAACAAAAUAUCCCCAGGUUUUAAAGCCAAACCAAAGAGUAAGGUAGGAGACAGCCCCAAACGUCCACUGAAACACGUUCAGAUAAAUCUGGGUCUCCGAAAUUUGUUCAAGUGCUCAUCAUGCCCGAAAAGUGUCUGGACUCGAGAUUUGUUCAGAUGUGACUCUUGCUCUCCGGGCACAAGCGGACAGUCGAAUUUGUUCGCAACCCGGGAUGAGUACAAUCUACACCUGGUGCUGACUCAUCGUGAACACAUUCCGGGCGACUACAGUUGCCCGGUCUGUGACUGGACUUUUCCGGACAACGGAGCCAAGCUGGUGGAUCACGUGAGCGACAGACAUUCCUUCUGCAUGCGUCACUUCCUCUGUGCCGAGUGCUGUCUUCUGCUUCCCAAAGAAGAAAUGCUGAACAACCACCAGCACUGAAAAAUAGAGAUUAUUCAAGAAGUGUCCAAUUAUAAAAACAAUGUUUAUUUCAGAAACAACUAACCAUUAGUUUGAUGUAACAGACGAAAAAAAAGAUUACGGAAAAAUCGCAUAGUCUAUAGUUGAUACUUUUGACAACGGAGGAGAGCUAAUUGUCUGGAAUCUACAUUAAAUUAUAAUUGUGCAUGUGUUAUUUCGUGAGAAACUUCAAUUGAAAUUGAACUUGAUAAUCAGUUUGUUUCUUUGCCCAGCAAAACUUUCGCUCUACAUUCCAUUAAAAACGAUAACAAAUAUAUUAUUCAGAAUAGUUUUAAUUUGAAAUUGCUUCUUUUGUGUUUUGAUUUGGCUAGCUCUCGU